GUGUUUGGCCUACCAGCUGUUACGAACACUGCCGGAAAACUCAAAGAACGUCACAUCCUUUGGACACCUGUAGUCUCUGCUGGGAAGAAACUUCCCCUACCUAAUGAUAGUUGUUGCUCAGUUUCUCUUGUCAGUCGCUCUCAUGCUGAUUAUGUUGCUUCCAAAUGUCCACACUUAAAGUACCAGUCACUUGAAACACCUGUUACAGUUUCUGUUGCUGAUGCAAAUUCUCCGUUAAAGGCUGUUGGCACUAUGAAAAUUCCCAUACAGUGGAGCAAUGGUAGAAAAACAACAUUUCAGAUGCUUGUAGUUCCACGUUUGUCCUGGUCUAUCCUAUUUGGAGAAAACCAUUUGCACUCUACACAACCCUUGGUGGAUCAUGGUGAACCCAGUAUCCUCUUUCGUCAUCCUAGCAUGUCUUUCAACAUUGCCUGCUCCCUUGACAGUCCAAUCAGAGGUGGCUUACACCAGAGGGACAACACCCAUGCUGGAGUAACUUGUUUGCUCACAGGAGCC